AUGAUCGAAAAAUUUGGACUUCAAACCAACAGCCGGGUGUUGGAGACAUAUGAGAAGCGUCAUAUGUGGGCUGAAGCAUAUAUGCAUGGAUAUUUCUUUGCUGGGAUGAAGAGCACUCAACACUCGGAGAGUAUGAAUGCUUAUUUCAAUCCCUUCCUCCAACACAAAUUGAAGUUAUAUGAAUUUGUUAGGCACUAUGAUCGGGCUCUUGCAAGGAUAAGGUAUAACGAGGCUGGAGAUGAUGCUGAAACAAAUAACAGUUUUCCGGUAUUGAUUACUCCAUUGCGAGAUAGAGAGAGACAUGGAGCUAAGCUAUUCACCCGAAAUAUAUUUAGAAUGUUCUGUGAUGAAAUCUUAGAAGAGGGGAAGUUGAAUGUGAAGGACGUGUUCCCUUUGUCGGAUGGGCUACCUUGCUGCCACAUGACAUGUGUUAUGAAAGCUGAAAAUUUAACGCAAAUUCCCCCAACUUGUGUGCUGCAUAGAUGGACAAGGGCUGCAAGCAAGGAUAGCCAGCAAUGGCCUCAACCCUCAAUUGAUAGCACUACAACACAGACAGCCCGGUAUGGGAUAUUGAGUUCUUCCUACAAUGAAAUGUGUUUCUAUGCUUCGCAAUCAACGGAAGGUUUCAAAGAAGCUUGGGAUGCAUGUCUUCCGAUAACGAGCCAGAUGAAGGAGUUAUAUGAGAGGAAUCUGAAUGAUGGGGAUGGAGACAAAAGGAAACAUUCAAUCCCACGACAAUUUGGAAUUGAAGAUCCUGAUCUUGUGAAGACAAAAGGUAACCCGGGACGGGCCUUGUCCAACUGUCGAAGACCAAGAAAAUGUGAGAAAAGCAAAUGCAUUGGGCACACAAAGUGA